AUGUCGCACGAGGAUCCUCAGCAUCUCAUCCGUACGUUUCUGCAGAUUGUCGAUACUUUUGCUACUAGAAGGGUCACUAAAGAAUAUGUGCGGCUGACACUAUUCCCCUUCUCUCUAUUGGGGAAUGCCAGUAACUGGUUAUUAGCAGAGCCCGCCAAUUCUAUCACUACGUGGGAUGAUUUGGCGACAAAAUUCUUGACAAGGUUCUUUCCACCAGCAAAGACAGCUCGCCUCCGAAGGGAGAUCAUUUCAUUCAGGCAGAAAAAUGGAAAAAAUUUGUAUCAAGCAUGGGAGAGGUUUAAGGGUCUUCUCAGAGAUUGUCCUCACCACCAUCAGACGAAUCAAGUUCUGGCACACACAUUUAUUGAGAAUCUGGAUGCCCAACAUAAGUCAUCACUAGACACUGCUGCAGGAGGGCAGGCUCUUGAUCUAAGCUAUGAAGAACUAUUCACACUAUUGAAUAGGUUUACUCAGAGCACUCCAGACUGGCAGGAUGAUGCAGCUAGCAGUUCAGUUAGGAAGGCACCGGGUGUCUUUGAAGUAGAUAAUUUUACAUCACUAUCAGCACAGAUUGAUGCCAUGCGCAAUGAAAUCAAGAAGUUAACUGUUGCGCAACCUCCACCACAAGUGCAUGCAGUGCAACAAGCCAUCGUUUUUUGUGAAGUCUGUGGAGAAGGGCACAACAGUGAUGAAUGCCCUGCAAAUCCUGCAUCCAUAUACUUUGUGAGUAAUGUAAGCAAGGGGCAAGGAAACAACAAUCAAUACGGGAAUUCCUACAACCCAAAUUGGAGGAAUCACCCGAAUUUCAGGUUAAGUGACAACCCAGGUAAUCAGAAACAGAACUAUCAGCUAACAUCUGCUCCUUAA